GGCACCAAAGGAUUUUCCCGCAGCCAUCAAAUAUUUUCGGCACAGCACACCAAAAUUCGCGCGUUGGAGCAAAGAAUGCAUUUCAAAUUCUUUUUGUUUUUUUCUAUAUUCAAUUGACGCGGUGCCACCUUCUAUGCAAAAAAAUCCAAUUUCCCCGGAGAAUUUGGCGGAAAACGUGAGAAAGUUUUGAAAAACUCUUCGUGUGAGUGAGACAGUAAAAGUGAAGUGUGCGAGUGAGAGAACCGAGUUGAGUUGACACGUCAAACAUGCAGCGCCACCAAACUUCAUGGUGGUUAGUUAGUAUGAAGCCGGCGUUGUUGCGAGAGAGUUUGUGAAAAAUAUUUUUGCCAUUUAUCGUUUGAAAAUCAUCCAAAAAGGACGCAAAUUUUUGCAAAAAGUGUUCCUUGUGGCUAAAGGAUUGUGGAUUAAGUGAAAAAUUGUGUGAGGAUAGUUUAUUUGUGAGAGUAAAGCGAGAGAGAAAAAAGUUUUCACACGCGGUUGCAAAAUGGCCGACAAUGAUGAUCUUUUGGAUUAUGAAGAUGAGGAGCAAAAUGACCCCGUUGUUGCGGAAGUCACCGACGCCCCCAAGAAGGACGUCAAAGGUACCUACGUGUCCAUCCACAGCUCCGGUUUCCGUGAUUUUCUGCUGAAACCCGAAAUUCUCCGGGCCAUUGUGGAUUGUGGCUUUGAGCAUCCGUCGGAAGUUCAGCACGAGUGCAUUCCACAGGCUGUCCUGGGUAUGGACAUCCUCUGCCAAGCUAAAUCCGGUAUGGGUAAGACGGCGGUGUUUGUCCUGGCGACGCUACAGCAGCUGGAGCCCACGGAGAAUCACGUGUACGUGCUCGUGAUGUGUCACACGCGUGAGCUGGCAUUCCAGAUAAGCAAGGAGUACGAGCGCUUCUCCAAGUACAUGCCCACCGUGAAGGUGGCCGUCUUCUUCGGCGGGCUCCCAAUUCAGAAGGAUGAGGAAACCCUCAAGAGUACCAAUCCGCACAUUGUUGUCGGCACACCCGGACGCAUCCUCGCCCUCAUUCGCAACAAGAAGCUCAAUCUUAAGCACCUAAAACAUUUCAUUCUCGAUGAGUGCGACAAAAUGCUAGAACAACUUGAUAUGCGUCGGGAUGUUCAGGAGAUCUUCCGGAAUACGCCACAUGGGAAGCAAGUAAUGAUGUUUUCGGCCACGCUGAGCAAAGAGAUACGUCCAGUCUGCAAGAAAUUCAUGCAAGAUCCAAUGGAGGUGUACGUGGAUGAUGAGGCAAAGUUGACACUUCACGGAUUGCAGCAGCACUACGUGAAGCUGAAGGAGAAUGAGAAGAACAAGAAGCUCUUUGAACUACUUGACGUACUGGAGUUUAAUCAGGUGGUGAUCUUCGUAAAGUCCGUUCAGCGCUGCAUGGCACUGGCUCAGUUGCUGACAGAGCAGAACUUUCCUGCCAUUGGUAUUCACCGUGGGAUGGUGCAGGAGGAGCGUUUGUCGCGCUAUCAGCAAUUCAAGGACUUCCAGAAGCGAAUUCUCGUGGCGACGAAUCUCUUUGGACGCGGUAUGGACAUUGAGCGUGUGAAUAUUGUCUUCAACUACGACAUGCCCGAGGAUUCGGACACGUAUUUGCAUCGCGUUGCCCGGGCUGGACGCUUCGGUACCAAAGGACUCGCCAUUACAUUUGUAUCGGAUGAGGCAGAUGCAAAGAUCCUCAAUGAAGUGCAGGAUCGAUUUGAUGUGAACAUCACGGAACUUCCGGAUGAGAUUGAUUUAUCGUCAUACAUUGAAGGACGAUAAAAACAGGAUUAUGGAGAGACAACCCAGAUAAAUAUUAAUUAAGCGAGUUUUUUUUUCAAAUAUUGUACAAGCUGAAAAUGUGUGUUCACAUUUUUUAACCCGGCUGAUUUUGGUAGAUUUAAUUCUCACAAAAUUUCACAUUCAAUGGAAUAAUCAUUUUUUUAAUCAAUAAAAAUUAAUAAUAAAUGUGAGAAGGAA